AUGGCGGCGCCCUGUAACCACGCUUUUCGAGUUGUUAAACAAACUUUGUGGAAAUCAAGGCUGUUGUCUACCUGUAACUCGACGGCUUCUCAGAACAUAACGACAUUUUUUGUUUCUAAGAAAUACCAAAGCACAGAUUCACAAGCAAGGAAGGAAACCCACUUUGGUUUUGAAAAUGUCCUUGAAGAAGAGAAAGAAGGAAAAGUUUAUGAAGUCUUUGAAAAUGUGGCAGAGAAGUAUGACCUGAUGAACGAUGCUAUGAGCGGAGGGAUUCACCGACUGUGGAAGGACUGUUUUGUGAGGAGACUUGGGCCAGUGCCUGGGUCAAAGCUGAUAGACGUGGCUGGAGGGACAGGUGAUAUUGCUUUUCGAUGCUUGGAUUAUAGUAAAUCUGAGAGUGAAUCAGAACAAGAGACAUCUGACGAGUUAGACUUUGAUAUACACAUACCCAGGGAAAUUCAAGCUAAGGUGUACGUGGACUCUGCUGAGAGGUUAAAUUCUUCUGAUGAAAGGGCAGACAAUACAGAGGAUACACCCUCAUGGCAGUCCGCAAAACAAGGACGGCACACCCAUGUAACGAUCUGUGAUAUCAACCAGGCUAUGUUAGAAGUCGGAAAGAAGAAAGCUAUGGAGCGGGGAUUUCAAGAAGGGAGAGAUGUUUCUUGGUUGCGUGGGAAUGCGGAAUGUUUGCCUCUGGAGGAUAACACAUUUGAUGGAUAUACCAUAGCAUUUGGUAUCCGCAAUGUCACGCAUAUUGAUAAGGUGCUUGACGAAGCCUACCGUGUCCUGAAACCAGGGGGAAGGUUUAUGUGUCUGGAAUUCAGUCAUGUGGAAAACCCAAUUUUAAGAAGCUUGUAUGACAGUUACUCAUUUCAAGUGAUCCCAGUGAUGGGACAGGUGAUAGCGCGGGACUGGAACUCUUAUCAGUACCUGGUGGAGAGUAUACGCAAAUUUCCAGACCAGGGAACAUUUGCUUCUAUGAUCAGGCAAGCUGGCUUCAGUAUGGUGACAUUUGAGAAUCUGACCUUUGGGGUGGCCGCAAUCCAUUCAGGAUUCAAGAUGUGAAACAUUUAGUAGUACACUAGACAAUGAAUGAGGAAAAGAGAAACCUGUGGCAGGUCAGGAUGCCAAAAGUCUUGGAGGAAAGCGACAAUAGCACGAGCAUUGCUUUGACCAAAGGCACUGACAUACUUUACCUUGGCCUUUCAUGAAAACCAGGUGUUGGUUACUGAUAUAUUUAUUUCAUUAUUGUUAAACGCCAUACUUGACAUUCUGCCCCAUAAGAUGGCCAUCAAGUUUUACCGAUGAAGUUGACUGGAGUAAACGACCAAACUUUCUUGCAAGAUGUAUCGAUAUGCACACCAUACAUGUAUCUGUAGGAUUUAAGUGGUUUUCUGCGAGUGUCAAGUCAAGGUCUCGCAUACAAUAUAAGCAUGGUAGUCUGCUGUCUCAGGCUGGGUUUGAACCCACACGUCGGAUAUCCUAGCCCUUGGAAGGCAAGCACCUUAAUCACUCACCCACGAGCAGCUGUUGAAGUAAAUAAUUAAAAACAUUUUCAAGUUCCAAGCUGACAAAUGUAGUGGAGUCCAUUUGCUCCAUAGGUUGCCCCACAAUGGGCUAAGACAAUUGAUGUGCAUGUUCAAAUGUAGCUUGUUGAGGUUUGGCUUUGUCAGGUUGGUCACUGUACAAGUGAAAUAUACUCUAAUACAGUGCUCAACAGAAGCCAGAUUAAUAUACUCGAACCGGUCACACGUGCGAAGGUCUGCCAGUAAUGUGCAGAUGGUCGUGGGUUUCUGCUGGGCUCUGCCCAGUUUUCUUUCACUAUAAUGCCGGCCAUCAUUGUAUAAGUGAAAUAUUCUUGAGUACGGAGUAAAACACCAAUGAAAUAAAUAAAUAUACUUGAA